AGCGGAGCCCUCUGGCUGUGCGUGUCUGAGGAUCCGCCGGAGGACGUGCGGACGCUUUGUGGAGCCCGUUAGUGCACCUGGCUGAUACCCACGCUGCCGACAUGUCCCGCUACCUGCGUCCCCCCAACACGUCUCUGUUCGUGAGGAACGUGGCUGAUGAUACCAGGUCUGAAGAUUUACGUCGAGAAUUUGGUCGCUAUGGUCCUAUAGUUGAUGUGUAUGUUCCACUUGAUUUCUACACUCGUCGUCCAAGAGGAUUUGCUUAUGUUCAAUUUGAGGAUGUUCGUGAUGCCGAAGAUGCUUUACAUAAUUUGGACAGAAAAUGGAUUUGUGGACGUCAAAUUGAAAUCCAAUUUGCACAAGGAGAUCGGAAGACACCAAAUCAGAUGAAAGCCAAGGAAGGAAGGAAUGUGUACAGUUCUUCACGCUACGAUGAUUAUGACAGAUACAGACGUUCUAGAAGCCGAAGUUAUGAAAGAAGGAGAUCAAGAAGUCGCUCUUUUGAUUACAACUAUAGAAGAUCUUAUAGUCCUAGAAACAGUAGACCGACUGGAAGACCACGGCGUAGCAGAAGCCAUUCCAACAAUGAUAGAUUCAAACACCGAAAUCGAUCUUUUUCAAGAUCUAAAUCCAAUUCAAGAUCACGGUCCAAGUCCCAGCCCAAGAAAGAAAUGAAGGCUAAAUCACGUUCUAGGUCUGCAUCUCACACCAAAACUAGAGGCACCUCUAAAACAGAUUCCAAAACACAUUAUAAGUCUGGCUCAAGAUAUGAAAAGGAAUCAAGGAAAAAAGAACCACCUAGAUCCAAAUCUCAGUCAAGAUCACAGUCUAGGUCUAGGUCAAAGUCUAGAUCAAGGUCAUGGACUAGUCCCAAGUCCAGUGGCCACUAAUAGUAUAUAAACCAUGAUAUUUUUAGGCAUGUAUCAUUCAUUUACUCAUAGUUUGGUUUACUUAAAUUAUCAGGAAUACAAUGUUGCAAUGAUGCUUAAAAAACACUUGUUAGUUUUCCCUGUACCAGGCAAUGGUUAUAAUUAAAAUGAUAUGCUGUUGAGAAGCCACUCUUAAGAGUCCAGUUUGUUUAAUGUUAUGGGCAGCUACCAAUUUGUGGUGUCUCUGUAUAUUUUUGUAAAGAUUCUCAUUUUUUAUGUUUGAAGUAUUGAUGAAAAGAUGUUGGUUGACCAUAAUUUGCAACAUUGUCUUAUUAAAAAUAAACUUUCAUAUCCAUACUUGGUAGAACUGUUAACCUAGAAAUGUAGCUUGUUAAUAAAAUAGAAUGAUACAAAAGUGAGGUGGUAGCCACAGGACAACACUGACUGCUCAGACAACACAUUUAGGUUCAGGGUGGACCUUUAGGACUUACUAGAUAUCUAGGCUC